UAAUUUCUCAUUAACUCACCGUUAAUUCGCGCCUCCCCGCGCCCCGCCUCCGCGGGCGGUGCCUGGCGGUCUCCCCUCCCGGCGCUGCCCGGCCCGGGCCCUGCUUAGCUUGCGGGGCCGGCGCUGCAGCGCCCCUUAGCGGCGGGCCGGGCGCCGCCCGCCAUGGAGGAAGCUGAGGCGGCCGCGGAGCAGCAGCAGCAGCGGCGCCGCCGGGCGGGGGCCGAGCGCUCGCCGAGCCCCGGCCGCUUGGACGUGAGCUCCAACCGCUUCGACCCGCUGCUGGCGCUGUACUCGGCCCGCACGCCGCUGCCCUUCCCCGGCGCCCCGUGCUUCAACAACCUCGCCGAGUACGAGAGCUUCCAGCGCGGCCUGCUCCGCCCGCGGGGCCGCCGCCCCAACGCCGCCGCCUCCUCCUCCUCCGCCGCCGCCCGCCGCGGUCCCUCCGCCCGCUCCGCCCGCCGCGGCCCCGCCGCCGCCGACCCCGAGCGCAUCCAGAGGCUCCGCAGCCUCAUGGUCAACGCCGGGCCCGAGCAGGAGGCGGCCGCCGGGGGAGCGGCGGCUCGGCGGAGGAGGGCACCGCGAAACGUCCUCACCAGGAUGCCCCUCCACGAAGGCAGCCCCCUUGGGGAGCUCCAUCGCUGCGUCCGAGAUGGCGUAAAAAUUAAUGUUCAUAUCCGCACUUUCAAAGGGCUUCGUGGAGUCUGCACAGGGUUUUUGGUUGCAUUUGACAAGUUCUGGAAUAUGGCCCUGACAGACGUGGAUGAGACAUACAGGAAACCAGUACUGGGCAAAGCUUUCUAUGCAGAACCUCAGCUCACACUAACCCGGCUGUUUGACAGACUCAAACUGCAGGAGUCCUCAGUAAAGAAGGGAGCUGACUCAAAGACUGUCUCGGGGGAGCUGGCCCUGACAAAUGACUCUCAGAUGCUCGGAUGGAAAGGUGGAUUGGGACGAGGGAGAGCAGAAGAUGAGCGUGAGAGGCAGAAGCGCUUGGGCAGAGCUGGAGAAAAGAAGACAGCAGGUGACAGUCUGCAUCUGGCAGUCAGAGGUGAAGCUGAUGUGGGGAGCGGGACUGCUCACACAGAGGGUGCCAGUGCUGGUGGUACACGUGCAAGAAGCCAGUCACGAAGAAAAAGGAGGCCCAAAGUGGAUUAUCAACAGGUGUUCACGCGUCACAUAAACCAGAUUUUUAUUCGAGGAGAGAACGUCUUGCUUGUCCAUUUAGCACAUUAACUAGGCUGAGCCUUCACCAGUGUAUUUAUUUGAUAGCAUGAAUUGCCGCUGCAGCUCUCGUUACUAUUUAGCAUUCUCGUUAAGUAUCAUGGUACUGUGACUGGUUUCCCAUUACCCUAACAAGGUAGGGGAAGUGUUUCUAACUGGAGCACCCUGAGCUUAUUGCCAAAGCAGCCUCCUCUGAUCUAUGCUGGGGGUCUUGGGACAAUGUCAGCAGCACAGUUUUAUUCUGUGAGACAAGGGAGGUAAACACAGGCCCCACUGCUCCUUCAAAGUAAAACGAAGCAACGUCAAGAGGAUUGGUGGGGAGUGUUGGGUUACUCAGUUAUAGGAGCUAAUUGUGGCAUACAUUUAAGGAUCUUAACAUUAGUUCUCCACCUAGAAUGAAUCACAGAUGCUACUUUCCGUGUUCUGAGUAAUCUCAAGAGAAAAUAGCUAAUGAAACCAGCAGUUUAUCUACCACCAUUAUGUGGAUGUCUUCUUUUCCAGACAUAAUUCUGACAGGCAUUUUGAAACAAGUCUAUAAAAAGGUGGAGUGACAUACUACUGAUGGCUAUUAGCCUCCUCAUAGUUAGCUCUGUAAAGCCCUGUGUGAUAGAAGACCUCUUCCCUUAAUUGGACUGCUCUUUUUCUGUGAACGAUUGUAGGAUUUUAACUUGUUUCCAAUGUCAAUGCUUACGCUUCUAUUUGUAAUGCUGUGCUUUUGCUGUGCGUCACCAGCAAGCAGCUAACGUAGCUGAUCCAGGGACCUCCUUUUAUGGAGUUUAUCUGUGAAUGUUGUGGGUGCGUAUGGAAAGUUGUACUUUUAUCUUUCACCCAUUUGGUUCUUAUUGUGAUAGUGAAGUUUACAAAGACAUAGUUUUACUUCUCAGAUAUAAGCAUUUGUGCUGAGCACAGUUGUACUGUAUCUAAACGCCUUUAGAGUUCCCUCUAAUGAAACUAGAGGUGCUCUGUCUUCAGCUGUUCUCAGAAAGCAGAAAUCUCCACUAGUCUUUCCUAUCUGUAUGAAUGAUGCAUCACCUUGUUCCAGCUGAACUGAGCUUUGAAGGUGUGCCUAAAAUUGUUAUGAAGUAUAAAAGUCAAACUCGCCUCAUCAGUGCUUUUAUUUUAUGAUUGUUCUUAAACUGCUGCAGAUCAGCUCAGGCUUCUGCAGGUAUAAACUGCUUUCCAAGAGCUACAUGGAAAAGUUUGAGAGAAAAUGAAGCUGUUACAUUAUCUAGCCUGUUCUCUUGGAUGUCAAAGGACACUAGAUUUCACACUGCUAUUCCUGGAUUCAUCUCAACCACCUUAGGCUUUGCAGCAGCUCCUGUGUUUAAGAUGAAGAUGUGAAAUUGCCAGGACAGUGGUUUGAUGAGACAAUUGGUAGAAGAACUUUCUAGUACUUUAUAGCAAGUGUUUUAUUGCAUUUUGAGGUUGUAAGUCCUUGAACUGAGUGACUGCAUUCUUGAAAGCUGUAUUUCUGUUGCUUCAAGUGCAGCAUAUUGCUUGCUUGUCAUUAGGAAUAUGUCUGGUGCUUGGGUGAAUUACAGAAAUCAUUUAGCAGGAGUUCCUGGACACGCAGAGCAGCUUGUAUGCCUCUGGGGGAGCCUGAAACUUUUAUGUCGACGUUUCAGAUGACAUGGGGCUUGGAUGACUGAUCAGCUCAGCCCCUGAGCUGCAAAUCCAAGUUCAGACUGGGACAAAAGUGCCUCAGAUUAAAAAGUACUGUAGAGGCAAAAAAAGAAUAUUUCCAAUUUCUUAUACAUUGUUACAUUGCUGUAAUCCCUUCUGACUAUGAACUGAAACUAGGCACUGAAAAGAUUCUUCCCUUGGAGGUUUUUGCUUCCUCUCCUUUCGUGCUGUUCUUGUUUGUAUGGUUGUAGUCCACUGUUGUCCCAGCUCCCUUUUUCCCUUCUCCUUUCAGUAUUUUGUCUCCUUGGUAUGUUCCUUUCUAAACUAUGGUUUAGGAAGAUUGUUCUUUUAUUCACCCUUAUUUGUCCUGGUUUUCUGAACCUUCCCUGGUUGGCUUCCUGUGCGCUUGACAGCUGACCAGAAUCCUUCCAGUCCCUUUAAACAAAGCCUUUGUUUCUGCUCCUGACUUCUCAGCAGCUUUUAUUGCAGAUGAAUGUUUUUCAUCAUUUUGGUUUUGGUUGUGGUUUUUUUUUUUUCUUUUUUUUUUCCCCUGUGCUUUCUGACUGGUUUGGUUUUAUUUCAGUUUCAUGGGAUGACUGUCUUUGCCUCUUCCAUUCAUGAAUGCCAAAGGCUACUGAUUUUGACACCUCUCCUCUUUUGUACUUGACCAAAGGGUGUCAUAUCUCCCACUCAGGCCUAUGUACUAUGCCAUCCCAUUGAAUUCUUGCUUUUCUUUACCUCAGAUUUCUAUUUGUCUUUGUCUGCCUAUGUUAUCCUUGUGCAUUAAAUAAGAUACAGCUACCUUGAAUGUUCUUGCAGUUUUAUGGCCCUCUUUCCUUGCCAGCUGAUACUUCACCAAGUUUGCAGUUUCUAUUAGAAAUCUGUGUUUCCUUUCAUCAGAAGGUUUUUUCCUCUUAAAUCUAACAAGUGUUUGUUGUUUCACAUCUACAAGUUUAUUUUUUUAGGUUUUAUGAAAAAUGCUGGUGCUUAGACUUGCGUUUGUGCCUUGAUUUUUAUAUCAUGACUGAUCCGUUCUUCCAAAAUCAUCACCUUAGUCAACAAACCUGGUUAAGAACUAGACCGUAUGUUUUUUUUUGUUUUUUUUUUUUUUUUUACCCUCUACCUCAUUAUUAAAGUGUUCGUCCUCUUUUCUCAUUGUUUUCUUAUCUGUGGAAAUGGUUUAAGUUCUCUCUUCUAUUUUAGGUUUAAUGGUUUGUUUGGUGGCUCUUCUUUUCUUUCCUACUUUCCUAUCCACUUCUCUCAGUAUUUCCAAGCUGCUUCCCAAAUACAGGCUCCUCUAUAACUUCAGAUCUUUCAAAGAGUCUUCCUCUUUCCUACUUUUUCAGAUACCGUAUCAUUUUAAGGCCCAUUAUCAAAAUGCUGUUUUAUGAACUUUGUCUCUUUGAAACAUAGUAUUUGAUUGUGACUAAGCAAGUGAUCCUGCAUGUGUGUUGUCACUUGCAUGUUUAAUACUUCAGAUAAAGUUGCUCUUUAAAUAAAAUUGAAUGUGAUGUUCUGAAGUGGUCUUCUACCUCACUUAAAUAUCCAUGUACAUGUUUAAAAGAAAAAAAAGAAAACUACUUUGUUAUUUUUUGUUGUUUCUGGUUAUUUCUUGCCAUGUUUUUCCUUUUCAAAACUCAGCAUAAAAUCCCGGUUCUUUGUUCAAAAAGCUGUCUGCCUUUGCCAUUCCUCUGUUGCUGCAAUGUUGCAAAGAAGGUGAUGUGAGCAGGAGGCAGUCUUAAGAAACAAAGAGCUGUGUGAGUGAAAAAGCUUUGAGCUGAGUAUAAAGAAUACCUCAAAGGAUCAAUAUGCUGGUAGCAUUCUGCUCAGUUCUUACGUGACAUUUUCAGCCUGAUGCUUAGCAGCGAUUCCUAAAGCGUAUUUAUUGUGAGGUACCAAAUUAUUGCAACGAGCAAAGUUUUCUGAACUACUUUAGAAGUGUUGUGAUAAUUUGAGAAUUUUUUGGAAUAAUUUCUAACAUAGCAGACAUGAAACUUGUGAAAUGUUACGAUGCCAGCUGCAAAAGUGACAUAAUGAGAUAGUCUUGGAGUUAAGCUGUGCUGUCACAGGUAUUUCUUGCCGUAUUAUCACAUACCCUGUAAUUGCCAACAUAGUUCACUAGGGAGCAAAGUCUCACAGUUAUGAGUAUCAUGACUGGGAUUAUUUCUUGGGAAACUUCUGCACAGGUGUUUCAUUUUUAUCAAACAAUUCUUAAAAACGGCUGUGGUAAUGCUAAAGGAAGAAAGCUUGGAGAAAGUGUGGGUUUUAGUUUCUUCUCUCAACUGACUAGUCCUGCUUGGUAAUUGCCUGAAAAUUUUCUGAUCUAGAGACAGAUGCUUAGCAUGUUCUUACCAGCUGAUUACUGAAAUAGUCAAGAGCAAUAGUUUUCUAUCUGCCUCUGGUUUUUCAGCUGCUGGAUUCAUUGUUUCUGAUGCAGCUUUCACUUCUGUAUCAUUCGGAAGCAGGGGCAGGUCUCAGCAGGAGAAGGCUUGGCUGCCCACUUUUUCUUAUUGCCCCUCCUUCAGGAGAGUUACCCAGUCUCAUUUUGUGUCCAGAUAGCCUUAGAUUAUUCCUCAUUUUCAUGCUAUUCUCUGUGAAAAUAGCAGCAGACUUUUGAAAUUGCUUGGUCAGAAAAAUUAUCUAUCUUGGGUCUUUUGCAGUAAACUCAAUUUAUUUUCUACUCUUUUCCUUCCCAAGUGCUAGGUUUUCCCAGUUUGCUGUUGCAACCACUCACGUGAACUUAUGAAUUGCAAUGGGUGAAGAAGUGUUCAGAAAAAAAGAAAUAGAGAAAAAAUGUCUAAUUUUUCUUAAUACGAUGUUCUGUCCAACAUGCUCCCCAUGCUACCCUUUCUAUUGCUCAGUGACUGACUUAAAUGAGCCAGGUGGAAACACUGAUUUCCUCUGAAGUCUUGAAAGAAAACGGGAAGGCAGGAGGGUCAGGAAACUCUGAAAACACAAAUAUCUGAAGUUAUAUAUAUCCAGGUAAACUUUCUGUCUUUAAUUAAACAGAUCAGGUAAGAACCACUAGCUUAAGCUAAAAGCUUUUCAAGUGGAUAAAGCUGCAAGGCUCAGUGCUACAGCCAUUCAGUCAGUGCAGCAGCACUGCUGCAGUAGCACUGAUGCAGAGAUUCCUUCAGCCAGGCAAGCUCUUUUCUGAGACUCUGUUGAGUAAUAUGUUUGUGUCUGCCUCAAAGCAUAACUGCAAAAUCCUGUGAAUUAAUAUAAAGAUGUUUUCUGUUCUUCCUGCAUUGCAAAGUGUAAAAUAGAAAUGCUAGACUAUGCGCCUUCCACAGCCUGGAACUAUUUCGGUUCACACUUUUGCUUCUUGACAUUGGCUUAAAAAUUGGAAGCUUGUGGUGUAGCAAUCCUAAGACUGCCUUUGCUGAGACAUUACAAAAGGCUAACAUGUACUAGAAGUGAUUUUUAAAAAUGAAGGGAUUAUACAAUUUGUGUAAUUAUGUGAUACUGACUGAUAUGGUGACUAAAGGUCAUGUUAUUGUAAUUAAGGUGUUGAAUACCAAAAUCUUUAUUCUCAAGAUAUUAACAAGGUGCACAGAUGGAAAUGUGUGAAGCCUCCACUGGAAGGAGAGGAUUAAAAAAAAAUACUUCCCUUCUAGUGAAGGAAGAUGAUCUCCCUAGAGUGAGGUAGUUAUUUCAAAGCUAUUUAUCCCAGAAUUUCCAGGCUUGCUAAGAGGUUGGUCUAAGCAGGACAAAACCCUAAGUGAGUUAGGCACACACAAAGAACAGAGCUCAGAGAGACAUGGGUCAGUUUGUAGACUUGAGUAUAAACAAUCUAACCUUAUAGUGAAAGCUUCCAGAGAAGCAAAUCCAGUAUGUAGUAAUCAGAUGUCUACAGCAUUAUCUCCAUGCAAAGUUUUCUUGGUAUUACUAUCUUCACCCAUAAGAAGAUGGCAAAAAGAAUGGUUCAUGAUGUGUUGUCGUUUUAUCUUGUUCCAGUCUUGUUCAAGAAGCUGCAGUGUACUUAGUGGCGAGAUCUGAGUAGGUGGAUUUUUCUGUAUUUUUCAUCACAACUUUUACUGUGAUGUUGCUGAUGUAUCAGCAGGAAAAAGCAUCAUUUGUUACGUGAUAGAAAUGUGCUGGUUAAAAAGCUUCCUUUAGAAAAGCAUCCUUUGCUGCCAUUUAUUACCUGUUAGUAGCCUGGGCAGAAUUAAAAUGAGGCCACUUGGGAAGAGAGAUGCAAGGCAGACCGGUGCUUUUCCUCCAUACGGGCACUGCAGGAUUAAUGCACUGGAUGAUGACUUUUUUUGAUAGAAUAAAUUGUGUGUAGUCUACCGUAAAUAUAAUACGUACCUCUCUGUACAUUUUCCCAACCACAGGCUUUCACAGCAUGCUGAAAGUAGGAAAGCAGGCCACAAAACAGGAGGGGAGAGGAAUUACUUUACUGGGUGAUAACUUCUCAAAAUGGGAGGUAGCCUUCACAAUUCCUGCUUGUACGUUUUGGUGUAAUUUGGCCAGCACUGGGCUGUUGUGCUCUACAAAUGAAGCCAUGAGUAUGCAGAGACAAUUCUGCAGUGCAGCCGCCGUUUGUUGUGAACAUUUCGCAGCACAUGAACUGUGCCCCAGGAGUCUCUGCCAGACUCCAGCCCUAAUAACUGGCGUGUUUGAUCCUGCCUCUCAAAUUUUGCAGAGGAAAUCCAGUGGGAGAAAAAACAACUAAGCAAAUUUCCUCUUUUGAGGCAGGGAUGGUAGGAGGCUUGGUUAUCCUUGUUAGCUUUCUGGGGGUGCAGGAGAAAGGACUACUUUAGUGGAGGAAUAUCAGAGAUGGCUUGUCUCAUGAUGUUUACAAGUCCUUUUAGAUGUCACUGUAAGUGCUCUUGCUCUUAGCUGGUAGAAGUGAAGGCCUGUCAGGAAAGGAAAAUGGCUUCUGAUGUUCCUGGAUAACUGUUUUAUUAGCUGCUACCUUCACAGUGUACACUUGGAUGACUUAGCUGAAGAAAAUUAGUACACCUGAGACUUUCAGUCAGUCUUGUAUUCGUUUAGAAUGAAAAGUAGUUUGAUCAGUUUGUGUAAAAACAUAUCCAUCCUUUUUUCCUCUCAAAAGAUCAGUGCUCUCCCUCAGGAAAGAAAUGAAAGCUGCUCCUGCUCCUUUAGCGAUUGCUUCUGAUUUCCACUGCUUUAGAGCAAAGUGCAGCUGUGUCAUUGUAUCUUCCGCUUGACAGAUCAUCCUGAGAUGAGAAAAUGAAAGAAGUGUUCAAACCAAAAUGGGCAUUACGAGGGGAGCAGUUGUAUUGACCUCUUUCCAAAUGCUGCAUGCAUCCAGUAUCGCUGCAUGGGUUGGGACUUGCUAACCAAUUAGUCAUUUAUAAAACUUCCUAAGUGAAACACAGAGGAACAGCGUGACCUACCAGACUGAUACGAGAUUGGAAGUCAGAUGCUGACAAAUUCCAAUCUCACUACUGCCACUUGCUCACUGAAUGGCCUUGGCAAGUCACUUUCCCUCCUUCUCCCUUAUGCUCCAGAGCUGUAAUACAUCUGAGAGCAAUCCUUGCCUGUCUCAUGAGGAUUUGGGGGAGCAGUGAGUGCUAUACAAGUGCUGUGUAUUGUUAUUAAAACUAUAAUAUGUCAGGUAGUGCAGAUACAUAGAUCAUCUGCCCUCUUCAGGCACUUGACUGUUAGCCUUAUGUCUAGGCACACCAAAAAUGUGCAGGAUAUCAGGUAUAAUGACGCAUUUCAGUCUUGAAAUUACUCGUGUCUUCAAGGUCAGAUUUGGUGACUUCAAUAUCUGUUUCACAGCCGCAAUACCGUGUUUCCGUCUAAUGGUGAUAAAUGAAAGUGUAACUCGUUUGUAAUUCCUUCUCUGUCUUCCUAAAUAUUUUGUUUCUUAGGAAGCUGAUGCUGCUAUGAACAUAUUGAAUAAUACUGAAUUUGCAAUAUUCUGCUUUCUAGAUAUAACUGUUUAUAUUUAAAAGUGCUAAGACUGCAUUGCAAUAAAUAAUGCCCAUGUAACAGCUGGCUUCA